AUAGCGUGCGGCUAGCCGUUAGCUGGCUGGCUACGCAGGAGCCGUUCGGCGUCGGGCAGCUAGUCAAACUGUGGACCAAACCCUUGCAAACGUCGCUUCUUUGCGUGCACAAAAUGUCAAUACUGUCCGUUCGUGGAAGUGGACGCCGCCUUUGACCACAAAACGAAUGAAGAUUGAGUUUUCUUUCCAACGGACACCCCCCCAUUUCGCCUCAAUCUAGCUCCGUAGCUAACUUUAGCUGCCCCAAAGAUGAAGAAAGCCUAAGCUGGCAGCCAAGACGAGGUGGACGUUCCCCGACAGCAUGAUGUCGUCCAGUCCGAGGAACUCGGUGCGCCUCCUGUCGCGGCGGGAGCGCGGCUGGCAGACGUGCAGCUCGCAGCGCCUGCUGCACUUACUGGUGGAGGAGAAAGUGCGCUGGAUGAAGUGGCAGAGUCAAAAAGUUGAACUGCCCGACAGUCCCAGAUCCACCUUCCUGUUGGCCUUCAGCCCUGACCGGACCCUCAUGGCCUCCACACACGUCAACCACAAUAUUUACAUCACCGAAGUCAAGACCGGGAAGUGCCUCCAUUCCCUGGUGGGCCACCGUAGGACCCCCUGGUGUGUGACCUUUCACCCCACCAUUCCUGGCCUGGUGGCUUCUGGGUGCCUUGAUGGUGAAGUUCGCAUCUGGGACUUGCACGGCGGCAGUGAGAGCUGGUUCACGGACAGCAACGUGGCCAUCGCCUCGCUGGCCUUCCACCCGACCGCUCAGCUCCUCCUCAUCGCCACCAACAACGAGCUGCACUUUUGGGACUGGAGCCGACCGGAACCUUUUGCUGCCGUCAAGACGGGCAGCGACGCCGAGCGAGUGCGGUUGGUGAGGUUUGACCCGCUGGGUCACAACCUGUUGACGGCCAUCGUGAAUCCGUCGUCGAAUCAGCAGAGCGAAGAUGACGCCGAGGUUCCCAUGGACAGCGUGGAGCUCCCUCACCCUCACUUCCGCCAGCGUUCCUUCUUGCCUCAGCCCGUUCGCCGCACGCCCAUCCUGCACAACUUCCUACACAUCCUAUCGUCGCGCUCCCCCAGCGUGCAGAGCCCAGCCGAGCAUGCGCGCCCCCCCGCCGAAACGGCGGAAUCGCCCGCCGCCCCCCUGGGCCACUUUGCCAACACGGAGCGCGGGUUGUCCUUCCUGGGCUGCACCCGCUUCCUGGGCAUGGCGUGCAUGUGCAGUCACUGCUCGGCCAAUCGCGGACCGUCCCUGCCGUCGGAGGCCCCCCAGACUCCGCCUUCUUCCUCCUCCGCGGCCCGCACGGAGCCCCGCCAGCCCUCGGAGCCCCGCCCCUCAGCCUUUACCUCGCUCUACUACGGCAGCGGCGGGGAGCCCAAUUCCACCUCCAGACCGGGGCCGGACUGGACGCGCAGCUUGCUGAGUAUGAGGGGCGGCGGCGGCGGCGCGGGCCCCACCGUGCUUCCGCCCAGGACCUCGUCGUCAUCCUCGCUCAGCCUCCUGGCGGUGUUGCGCCAGCAGGACGGCUCGUCCCAUUCGCCGGUGUACACCUCGGCCAGCGACGGGCGAGGCUUCCCGCAGCAAGGGGACGGGUCCGGUACCAGCAGCGGGCACCACCCCUUCUGGGACGUCUCCCGCGGCAACCCCGCCUCAUUUCGGAACGUGUUGCAAUGUAACCUGAGCCGCUACUUCCUGGAGUUUGAGCGCAUGCAGGAAAUGGAGCCGCCGUCAGGGGGUGGCCAGGAACAGAGCCAAGAGCUCCUGAAUAACAACGUGGACUCGGACAGAGCCGGACCCUCCUCGUCCCCCACCAUCAUCCAUUACCAGCCUCCUGCCCCGCCGCCUCCCUCUGCACCCCACCCCCCGGACCCGGCCGUCCCUUCCGGGGGCUCUCGCGGGCACUUGAACCGCUGCCGGGCGUGUCACAACCUGUUGACCUUCAAUCACGAUUCUCAACGCUGGGAGCGCACCAACCAGACGUCCUCCACCUCCUCCUCCUCCUCCUCGUCCGCCCCGCAGCCCACCUCCGCCUUGCCCUCCUCGCCCUCGGCUACGCCCGGCGGCCCGGACCCGAAUGCCGGCGAGCGGCGGCCGGUGCCCGCGGUGGGGCCGGCGGCCUUCCCGCUGGCGUCGUCUGCCGAGCAGACGGUGGGUUUGGUUUACAACCAGGACACGGCCCAGUGGGAGAGGGUGUACCGCCAGGCCACCGCCACCCGGACCCCCGAGCCCCCCGAGGCCUUAAGCCAGGAAAUGCCUGUGGAUCCCACACCCGUGGACGAGGACUACCUCAGAAGGAGACUUCUGGAGUCUUCUCUCAUGUCUUUGUCUCGCUACGACGUGACCGGAUCUCGGGACCACCCCAUCUAUCCCGACCCAGCUCGGCUGUCUCCCGCCGCGUACUACGCCCAGAGAAUGAUCCAGUAUUUGUCCAGACGCGACAGCAUUCGUCAGCGGUCUCCUCGCUACCAGCAGAACCGCCUGCGGGCCAUGUCUUCGUCUUCUGACGGGCCGGCCGGAAGUGCGUCGGGCUCCGUGGAAACCGCCGACGUGGACUUUGAUGAGCUUGAUGAUAACGGCGAGCGAGCGCGGCACAGGGCGCCCCGAAACGCCAGGAUGUCGGCGCCGUCAUUAGGACGCUUCGUGCCAAGGCGCUUCCAUCUUCCUGAGUACCUGCCCUACGCCGGAAUCUUCCACCAUGAGAGGGGCCAGCCUGGCUUGGCCACGCACUCGUCUGUCAACAGGGUGCUAGCAGGCGCGUCCAUCGGCGACGGCCAGUCCGCGGUGGCGAGCAACAUCGCCAACACAACCUACCGCCUGCAGUGGUGGGACUUCACCAAGUUUGACUUACCCGAGAUCAGCAACGCCUCUGCCAAUGUUCUGGUGCCAAACUGCAAGAUCUACAACGACGCCAGUUGCGACAUCUCAGCCGACGGCCAGCUGCUGGCUGUCUUCAUUCCCAGCAGUCAGCGCGGUUUUCCCGAUGAGGGGAUUCUCGCCAUCUACUCCCUGGCGGCGCACAACCUCGGGGAGAUGCUCUACACCAAAAGAUUUGGCCCAAAUGCUAUCUCGGUGAGCCUGUCGCCGCUGGGCUGCUACGUGAUGGUCGGCCUGGCUUCUCGCAGGAUCCUGCUGCAUCCCACCACUGACCACAUGGUGGCGCAAGUCUUCCGGUUGCAGCAGCCGCACGGAGGAGAGACCUCCAUCAGGAUGGUCUUCAACGUCGUUUACCCCAUGGCGCCAGACCAGCGGCGUCACGUCAGCAUCAACUCGGCUCGCUGGCUUCCCGAUCCCGGGAUGGGUCUGGCGUACGGAACCAACAAGGGGGACCUGGUCAUCUGUCGACCCGUGUUCUACCGCAGCGACGGCGAGAGCGUCGCCGAGUCCGGCGCGGAACCUUUGUUCUCGGUCAACAACGGCGGCAGCAGCCGGACGCGGGGCUCCGACCGACCCGGGCCCAGUCGUUCGGGAUGGAGGCUGGACCGGGACAUGGGCUUGAUGAACGCCAUCGGUCUUCAGCCCAGAAACCCCGCCCCCUCCGUGACAUCUCAGGGGACGCAGACGCCCGUGGUCCAGCUGCAGAACGCCGAGACCCAAACGGAGCUUUCCGAGCCCGGCGCCACCCGGCCGCAAGCCGCCCCCCCGCCGCCGCCCGUCGGUCUAGCGGCCGAUGGUCAUCUUGAGUCUCACAACGCGGGAGGUCCGGACAGCGGCCAGGCCUUGGCGGAAGCCCCGGCCAACGCAGGCGAGGAGGGGGGAGGUUCCGGCGAAGACGCUCUGGCUCGAAUCCGCCGCCUGAUCGCCGAGGGCGGCAUGACGGCCGUGGUGCAGCGCGAGCAGAGCACCACCAUGGCAUCCAUGGGCGGUUUCGGCAACAACAUCAUCGUCAGCCAUCGGAUCCACCGCGGCUCACAGACCGGCGCCAGGUCCGGCAGAACCGCCGUCGGGCCCGCCGCCUCCUCGGGGUCGUCCUUCGUUGGCCGCGAGCAGGCCCCGGCCCCCGACACGCCCCAGCGCCUGGCCCCCUCAUGGGGCUCCCACUCCACCGAAGGCGCAGACGAUGUUUUUGAUGGGGUGCGAGUGGACGAGGACUCUCUGCCAGGCCCCUCCUCUUCCUCCCCCUCGCCUCACAACAGUUUCCACGGCGACCCUUAUAGCAGGUAGUGAGCGGUGUCCCCGAUCGGACCGAAAAUUGCCCUCAUCCUCCCUUCAAACCUUCAGCGGUGUCGGCGUGCACUUCCCGUCACAUGGAAGCGGCGCCAACAUUCCUGCUACCAAGGGUUCGAGCGGAACACGCAGCCGCCGACGCGCUCGCUUGAGUGCCACGUCCCGGAGGAGUGUCGGCGUCCACUGCCGGCGGCGCCGACUCGCACUUCUGUGUAUCACGUACCGUGUGACCUUUCGAACGUUUGCAGGAGGGGACGCGACUGUGCCGCUGUCAAUCAUUUGUAACGUCUGAAGCUCCUCCCAUUGUCGCAACGGGUGCGUGUACGUGACUCGGCCGGUGCUCGCUCACUUAAUUUAUUGGAAAAAGCCAAACAGGAGCGGCAAAUCUUUGGGCCGCUUGGGGUCACAUUGAAAACAUUCCCGCUGUUGGUCAUGUUGCGCUUGUGACCGGUGACAGCGGCGCUCUCGAUUCAUCACCGGUGAGCAGAGAGUUGAGUUUCACACCCCUGCCCGCCCCCUCCCCUCCUUUAUCCUCUCAGACUCCUUCAAAAUAAAACUUGAAAUGUUUCCUGUCGACUGUACAGGCGCCGCGUUUACAUUUCCUCCAAGUGUGUGUGUGUGUGUGUGCGCGCGAGUGCGUGCGCGCGGGUGUGUCAGGUCACAGGUGGCGUUUCCAUGGUGACCCGGCCAAGCUCCUCCUGGCUUUACUUGAUUGGUUAACACUGAACUAAACGCUCUGGUCACAGCGCCGCUCCUGCUGCUGCUUCCCCACCGUCGUUGUCAUCUUUCUUGGCUCUUGACUUUUAGAUGUGAUGUCAUUAAAGAACUUGGAGACUCCAAA